CUGACUGCAGCCACCUUCGAUCCCACCACCACCUCCAUCACCGCCGCCGCCACCUCCAGCGGUAUGGCUACCGAGGAUCCGCUGCUACGCCUACAGAUCCUGCAGCGAGACCUCGUAGCGACCACCGAUUCGCAGAUCAAAAACAUCGAGCGACUGUCGGAACAGCUGGACGCCAGUGUCAAGGAUCUGGAAGAGCUGUUGAGGCGGACGAAGAAGAAUGAUGCCAGUCGUGCCAUAAUCAAACAGGGCGCCGGUUCGGCGGCCCACGCUACGGAGUCGAAUCUCACCAUUGGGGACGUCACAUAUCGCGUGCAGGAUGCGUUCCGGGAGGCAGCAAUAGCCGUGGCGGAUGAGCUGGACCUGGAUGAACUGGAGGCGGCGACGCUCUGCAUAUUGUCGCAGGUCGAAAGCUGCGAGACAGACCCAUCGCUGCCAUUACGCGCAAUGGUGCGCUUCCACGAGCAGCGUGCAACAUUGCUGGACUGCAUGCGUCUACUGCUUCAGCUAGGGAUCGACUCAGAUGUCGCCCCUGAUGAGGACUAUUCGGACGCUUUUUCAGAGAUUGGAAGGAAGAUUGUCGAAGGGCGAGGCCAAAAGGGCAACGAAGACAGGCGACCAGAUCCAGCUGCCUACUGGCGUAGCUGUGUAGAUGGCUUGACCGAUGUGGAAGGGUUUCUCAAAAAAAUGGCGGAAUACAAGGACAAGCUCGUCGUGACAGGCCAGCAUGCGUCUGGAGACGUAGGAGAUGCUCUUCGUGCCCAAAGAUUUCUGUUGACGAGGCAACACGAAUCACUCGCUGCCAUCAUGUGCUACUUGCUCAGGGGCAACUUCGUGCAACCGGAAGAUUAUCGUAUCUUCUUGAGCAAAGCGUCCACUCUGGAAACUGAAAUCGACAUCACAAUCCAUUACUUGCCAAUACUGAUCAGCGGCGCAUCACAGAUGGGCUCAGAGGGUCUUACAGGUGGAGAAACAGCACACGAUCUCCACAGGUUAUUCGCCGCGGGCAACUCGCAGUUACAAUGGAAGCAGCCAAUGCUUCGGGCUGCGGCAACAGUCUGCUGGUUGGCCGAGUACAGUGCUAGGUUUGCGGGCCCCUCGAAUGGCCUUCGUCAGAGUGCCGCUGAGGCCAAGGCUGACGAGGAUGCUCGCGCGAAACUGUUCUUUGAUGCGCUAGAAGCCAAGGCGUUUCACUUCAUGCUUGCAGCUGCUGCGUUCCUCAAGCCGGUGGCAUGGUAUGACCCAGCUCGAACGGGAAUCGUGGAUUUUCUCGUUGACGGCGCCGUCACCGUGGUAGAGAUGCCUCGCGCUUCCAACGACUUCUCAGCCUUGACCAUGCGUGAAUUGCAAGCGUUCACUGAUGCAUUUGUAACGCAUAUGCCUGACUGCCUUCGAAAGCUGAAAUUAGACGAGGACGAGAUGCGACGCAAUCUGCUUUCACUGUCAGGGACUGGGCCCGCACACUCGGAGUUGGACUUGGAGCGCUUCAUGGUCAUCAUGGCCUGUGCAUACCAAGACGACACGGACGCGGCGCACGACUUUUGGGCAGACAAGGAAAGCAAUCUAUAUGGCUUCUUGCGAUGGGUAUCUGUGAGGCUUCCCACGCCCCGGGUGGCUGCAUUUUGCCAGCUCCUGCGCUCAAUAGCCUCCGACGACAAGUCUGCGGACCAGGCGCAUCGCUUUCUACUGGAGGAUGUCGCCAUGGCUUCCGGUAAGCUGCGCAAGACGUACGCGGUGAGCUGGACACAGAUUUUCAGCGAGCUUGAACUAUAUGCGUCUGGCCUACGCAACCGUCCGGCCCCUAUUCCUGCGCCAGGCCAGAACUCUAGCACUGUCGAGGACAACUUCGAAGAACCAGAGACCGGUAUCAUGCUAGACUCGUAUCUCGGUCUGGCCUCUCACAUAUGUCGCACGAGCCCGGACGCGAGGAAUUGGCUGCUUAAGGAUCAGCCUUUCCACCUCGGAGAGGUGAUGUUCCAACUAGCACGCACCGCGACUAUAUCACGUGUGCGAGCGUGCUGUCUCGACCUACUCGCAGCUCUUCUGACAGACAAGGUACCCGAGGUACGGAACGGCAUGUGGGUUCUUCUGGACAGCUGGAUAUCGAGUGGCGGUCUCGAUGGGUCUAAUCUUCCACGAGUACAGCCACGGGUGCAGUACCCAGCUAAACAGUACCUACAGGCGUACGCAAACAACGCAGAAGCGGGCGCAUCCCUCUUGACACUGUUGAACGCGUUAAUAUCACCGUUUCCCAGCACUCUCGAUCUCCCCAUUGACAGCCUGCCAUUCCCGGAGACCCUGGGAGUACCUCAUCGACAUGCCGGAAUGGACAUAUACGUCGACUUCGUCAUGGAUGCUGUCCUUGCCCGCAAAGUGCCUCGCAUGCCGAUGGAUGGUGAAUCCAGCUUACUUGACUUUGUGCGAUACGAAUGUCUGCAUUUUGUCCACCAGUGUCUGUCGAGCUUCAACGAAGAUCUAGUUCUCUUGGCAAACACUACCACUGUCGGGGUCGAGUCUGCUAUGGAAACGAAAUCUUUGGCUACAUAUGUCCGUCUCCAUCCAUUCGCUCGUGUCAUGGAGUGGCUUUUCGACAAAGCAGUCGUGGGAUCCAUCUUCGCCACGAUCCAGCAAAACCUGGAUACUCUGGAUCAUGCCGAAUCUGGCUCGCCACUCGUUCGCGCAGUAUUCAAGGGACUACAGGUCUUGCGCCUAGCAUGGAAGCUGCAGCCGAUCUACUUUGACGUCGUGCGACCAUUGAUGGCUGAAGCAACUUCCAAAGCUCAACCCGUGACCAGCUCGACGCUCACUUCUAUCGACGACGCCUUUCUCUGCCAUCUCGACGCUGUGGCCGACGUUGCUCAGUUCACAGCGAGCAAACACGUCGACAUCAGUCUCGAAUGCACAGCUCUCCUCCAGCAAAUCGGGUCAUCUCGAAAGUUAUGUGAGAGCCGCGAGACUGGCGUCGCACGGUCUAGCGGGAGCAGUCGUCUGAUCGGCCUCCUCGCCCCUAUAGGCGAGGACCUGACAGUCGGUCUGCAGCCGAUGUUCGAAUUGUUAGAAUGGGAUCUGGAGACUGAUGGAGUUCCCGCCAAGAUGGUCAAAGCCAAAGCUGUGCUCGACUCCAUGCGUGCCAGUCUAGACACAGCAAACGGUAAGCCAUGUCUGGCGCACUGUCUGCUUGGAUUCCACUGCUAUGAGCGUGCCGUGGAUGUGCCUGCGCGAAGUGUCUUCGCAUCUGGGAAAUCGCUGUUCCAUGCAAUUGCCACUUGCGCUGUGAACCUACCUGUCGCUAGCGGUGAGACGGGCUUCCGGUCAUGGCUCCUGGACGUCAAGCGCGGAUGCCUGGAACUGAUUUUGAAGUUGGCGACCUCUCCACUGACAGCGCGCAUCAUUCAGCCCGAGCUGCGUUCGAUGGACUUCCUGGCUGCUCUAUCUCGCUCGGAAAUCCCAGUCACCGUGCACUCAGUUUGGGAUAGUCUGGCCACAAUCGAGCCUGGCGCGCUAUUGGAUACAGCAGCCGUUGCAAUACGCAAUUUCAUGCACAUUCGCGCGUCAUUCUUCGAAUUUGCAGCAUUUGAUCUGCGCGUUGCUGCCGAACAAAAGGCCUUUUCUGUGCAGGAAAGAAUCGUGAGUAGCCUGUUGGGAUCCAUCAAGCUGCCCACCGGCGAAGAAUUGCCAACGGCUUCGAUAUUUGAGCUCUUCGACUUUUUCGACUUGGAGACUGCACCUGCUCUCGAGCCAAACUAUUCCAAAUGCAUGUUCUUUGGCGACAUUGACUUGUCAAGCUGUACCAAGAAUGAUCCUGACACGCUGACGGCAUUUGACCUCAACCUGGCUCACGAGUUGUUGAUCUUGCGGAAGAGGGAGCUCACAGAGAAUGGUACAAUUGGCAACCAAACUGAUAUGGAUGGAGCUUCUGAUGAAAUAGCAGCUAUCCUCGCAUCGUUGACGAGCCAGAACAACUGGCGGGCUAUCCACGCUGCUCGUAUUACCGCGCUUGAAGCAUGGACUGAACUGCUGUCGCUUGUAAUCACCAAAGGCGGUCUGGAUGAUGCUGCCACUCUCCCUCUAUCGCUGCAGGGCUUACUUCUUGUGCUGCCCAAGUACGAGAAGAGCUUAGGCGACGACCUGGAAGCUGCCGGACUUUUGGCCAAGCUGGUCCUGACGUUCACAUAUGCAAUCAGCCCAGCUUCGAGAGAUGCAUCUCAGCAGGCCGCCAAUGUUGCCAGCGAGCGCCUACUCACCAUAUUCCGUAUUUCGCUAAAAGUCUUGACAGACAGCAGCACCGAUGCAGCACUGCGAGAUGUGGCUUAUCGGACAUGUUGUGCUGUUCUUGGCACGUGGUCAUCCAAAACUGUGGUGGCGAGCGCCAAGCAGCUGCUACAACUUGUACAGAACGCGGGCGAUCGACUGCUCACUGUAGUUACGGAGGAUGCGUUCUCUGGACGCGGCAUCACUCGUGUCUCUGCGCUACUCUUCCUGGAUGGCCUGAUCUCCCUGCGCCAAGGACUUAAGCUCAUCACGCCCAUGCUCAGGGCAUUACUCAAGCUCAAUUUCAUUCCCGUCCUCAUUGACAUGAGUAUUGGCAGUGUCUCUGCUGCAUUCCAUGCUGCAGACGAAACGGCCGCCACACUAGCAUACUUCCACACGGCACUUGCAUUAUUGCUGCGGCUGUGCCAAACUGCAGAUGGCGCGCAGUUGGUGCUCAACUCUGGCUUCUUCAAUGCGGUGGAUGAGAGUAAAUUGUUCAGUACGGAUCCCGACCUAGGCCUGGACAUUGACAACCCGGCCGCACUGGAAGAGUUCUACUCGAUUCUUGCUGAUGUGCUACGGGUGAUUGUUGCUGCUGUGGUCAGCAAAGGUCCGCAGCCAGGUACGGCCUUCUUGCAGCAGCACCGCUAUACCGUUCAGGCGAUCUUCAAGCAAGCUGCGCGUGGGCAGGCUACCAAAGUAGCAGACGAGCUGAGCAGGUUGAUUUUGGCCACGGAAUUCUUAGAGGAAGAUGAGGCUACAUUAGCAGGAGCGCCCAGAAACGGAUUCACGUGAGACUUGGAGUGCUUUGCUUGCAGGAGAAACAACAGGAAAGCAGAAUGUACCUACAGCUGGGCCAGUUGGGUAGCUCUACCAGCAGAACAGGUGGCAUCGCAUGUAUCACGACUCCCCGACGAGUUGCUCAAGUAGUAUUUUUCGGUAUGAAAUUGCCAAGGCAAUGUCGAGUCAGGCCCGCCUGAUUGAAUGAGGC